UUACGCUUUUCAAAUGGAUCAAUUAAAAAUCAUGCAAACAAGACCUGUAUUUACUGUGUAUCCUGAUAAGACAGGAAAAAAAUUUACACAGUAUAAUAAUUUAGAAGAAGCAAGUUCAUCUAACACCACUUUACCUGAUUUAAAUUAUAUUUUAUUUGAACCCGUUUUGGAGUAUGAUGAUACUAAUAGCAAAUGGACUGAUUCGGCUAUUAAAUUGUUGCUUGCUUAUUUAUCUGAAAAUUUUUCUUAUUAUUGUAAAAACAAAGAAAAAUUCUAUGCAAGGGCUGCCUUGCAUAUAGGUGGUAAAUCAAAUUUACAAGUUCGUGGAAAACUACAAGGUCUAGUUAGAAAAUAUUCUGAUGAAAGUAAAGAAAAGACAGGCAAAGGAACCUCAAAAUGGCCCUAUUAUUCUUUAAUAAAUGAGAUCUUUGGAAAUCGUGAGAAUGUUCAUCCAGAAACUUUGCAUUGUAGCAAUAAUAUUGGUAAUGAAAAAAUUCAACGUGGAAAAAAACCCAAACUAAAUGAGAAUAAUUCAGCAUAUAUUGAAUCUGUAGCAACUAUUAGUGAAAGUAAGAAGUUGUCAGCUAAGAGUAGAAGGCAGUGGAAUGAAGCUCACUCUGAAAUUGAGCGUGAUAAACUUAAAGCAGAAAAAGAUUAUAGAGAAGAGAAUUUAAAAUUACGAAAUUUAGAGUAUGAACUAAAAAAAAAAGAAGUUGAUGCUCGGAUUAAAAUUGAAGAAGAAAAAUUUGAAUUCGAAAAACGAAUGAAAGAGCAUUUUGAACAAAAAUUAAAAGAAUUAGAGUUAAGAGUAAAAGAAUUAGAAAUAAACUAUAAGCAUAGUGAAUCUAAUGUUAAAGAAGAGCAAGCGAAUAAAGAAUGGUUAAGAAAAUAUUUAGUAGGCGAACUUGAUUGGCAAAAGGACCAAAAGAAAAAGGAUGAAGAAAAUAAAAAGAAACUUGACAAAUAUAAAGAAAAUCUAAAAAGAUGA